UGAGAGGAGUCAGACAUUGAAACAGCCUGGCGCCAGACUCAUGGCGCACAUGGGUCGACGACCAAGCUGGCACCGAGGAGCAUGCUUGGUCCAAGUGAUUCUGGUGCCAACUCAGGCGACCUGCACGGGUGACUUUUGGGAGGCAGCGCUGGCCUUGGCACAAGAGGGACUCGUGAGGCUAAGCUCCAUGGAGUCCUCUUGGUCCCACUACAGCGUCAACUGGCUUCCCUUCGCGGAUCAGGUACUGCAAAACCCACACCAGAGCAUCCAGGAGUGCCCUGAGGGUUCCGUGGCCACCCUGGCGCAUAGCUUGCUGGCCAUGGACCAGGUGGAUCAGCAGACCACUCGCCAGAGUAUCAAGAUGAUGCACCAUGCUUUGGAAGUGCCAACGGCUGUGGAAGAGUCCGGCUGGCGUGACUACGGACUGAUGACCGCGUCGUCGCUGCUGCACUUCAUGUACCUCAAGUGGGUGAACAUCCCGCAAGACAACGACCGGCCCAAGGUGACCGAGGACCUCUCCUUAGACCUGGAGAUGCUGCGGCCGCAUCACGAGUUCCUCUUCAGGAACUUUGUGGGCGACUUUGUGACCAAAGGUGUUUACGAGUUGUCCAUCACUGAGAAUAGCGUCUACUUCUCGGAGGCCUUUGCCUUCGUCUCCUUCUGCCACCUCUAUCAGGUGGACUUCAUUGCAGAGUCCGGGGUUUACAAGGGAGUCUCCACGGAGAUCUGGAGCCUCUUCGCCAAGGAGGUGGCUGCGAUCGACCUAGCGAUUUCCGUGGAGGCAGAGUCGCGACUGAGACCACGAAGGAACGUGAAGCUGUACGCAGGAGAUGGCCAAGCCCUUCUGCCAGCACUGCUCUCUGAGAGGCCUGAGAGGCAUGCAGCCGUCUUCGUGGACGGGCCCAAGGGAGAACUGGCCAUCCAUUUGGCGCUGAGCCUUUGCGAGCGACCGGAGGUGCUGAGAGAGAAGCUGCAGGGGCCCGGCAGAACGGACGGAUUUUGAGUGGUCGGUUUGGUCGGAUUGUGUGGUGAAGACUUGGAGUCAUGGGAUGACAUCCGUUUUUGGCCAUGAAACCAAGACCUAACUACCUGCCUCACGUCCAGCUGAAGGUUUGUCACUUGAGAUUUGUUUUUUCUAUCUGAAAGGACUUCUCCCUCAGACAUCCCAACAUCCGAACGGUCGCUCGACGCAGCUUCCGGACCGGUCGCAUUGACUCACGGGUCCGUUCGCCGCCGAAGGGGUCCGAAAUCGCU